CCUCCAUCUCUCUUUCAAGAACCAAAGACGCAGAGCACAGCACAUCACUGCACAGGACAGGAAUGGUUGAAAUCCAAGAUGGCGGAACGCUAUGACUGCCACUACUGCAAUGAGUCUUUGUUUGGGAAGAAGUAUGUUCUGCGUGAUGAAAAUCCAUACUGUGUGAAGUGCUAUGAGAGCAACAAUUUAAUGCAUGUGAGACAAUGUAGGUUCGAAUUGUCCUUACCUGUAUGCGUUUGUCCUCAGGAUUUGUCUUACAAGGACCGUCACUGGCAUGAUGACUGCUUCCACUGCUUCAAAUGUCACCGUUCCUUGGUGGACAAGCCGUUCUCCACCAAAGAUGAGCAGCUACUAUGUACUGAGUGUUACUCCAAUGAGUAUUCCUCGAAAUGUUUUGAGUGCAAGAAGACAAUCAUGCCAGGCUCCAGGAAGAUGGAGCACAAGGGGAACAGCUGGCAUGAGACCUGCUUUACCUGCCAGCGCUGUCAGCAGCCUAUUGGAACCAAGAGCUUCAUUCCUAAGGACAAUAAUAACUACUGCGUGCCCUGCUAUGAGAAGCAAUUUGCACUGCAGUGUGUACACUGCAAGAAGCCAGUCACCACUGGGGGUGUGACCUACCAUGACCAGCCAUGGCAUAAGGACUGCUUCUUGUGUACUGGCUGUAAGGAGCAGCUGUCUGGCCAGCGCUUCACCUCUCGUGAUGACUUUCCCUAUUGCCUCAACUGCUUCUGCAAUUUGUAUGCCAAGAAGUGUGCUGAAUGCACAACCCCUAUUAGUGGUCUGGGAGGCACCAAAUACAUCUCCUUUGAAGAGAGACAGUGGCACAAUGACUGCUUUAACUGCAAGAAGUGUUUGGUGUCCCUGGUGGGCCGUGGCUUCCUGACGGAGAGAGAUGACAUCCUGUGUCCUGACUGUGGCAAAGACAUCUGAUCAGACAGCAUAGCACUGCAAUUCCUAACAUUUUAUUAUAUUAAAUAACAUUUAUUAUUAGAGUUAAAUAGCAAUCAAAGCUUUUAAAGAGGGUAAUAUAUUUGUCUAAUAAAAGCUUUCUUUAGAUAAUUAACUUUAAAGGGGCCUGUGCAUGCCAAGGCCUAUUAUUAUAAUAUUGUGUCAUGUUUUUGUGGUCAGGGUUUAAACUAUAGCCAAACCAAAAGAAACAUAUGUAGUGUGAAAAUUAUUAUUUUCAUUUUAAAUAUAGAACCAUAAGGUACAAUGAAUGUUACAUUUUAUAGUAUAAUUGCCUAUUUUACCUUUUUUUUUGUGACUAACAUUUGCUUUUGACUCCUCAAUCAUUAUUUGUCAUUUAUAGUCUGUGUGAAGAAUUUGCUGUCGCUCAUAAUAAACUUCUGAAUGAAAAAGGCUCAGUACUGCUUAUAGGAGAUCACUAUAAUAAA